CUUAAUGCCCCAAAGCAGGCAGGAGAAAGACAAAAACAGCACCAUUCUUCAGCCAGAUCAGCCUUCAUUCCUCUAGGACACUGCUCUAUCAGAGGGGUUUUAUUUUCACAACAGCUCCAUAAGGGCAAGAAAAUGUCACUCGAUCACAACAUAUCAGACCACAAUGGAACACUGUGGUUCCAUGACUGUUCCGUCUUUCUCCAACUGGACCAGGACUGCCGGCGCAUCACACUGUUCCUGCUCUACCUGUUCCUGUUCAUGGUUGGUUUGAUCGAGAACUGCCUGGUGGUUUGGGUAAACUGGCGCAGGCGUCACUCGGCCAGUGGUGUGCUCUUCUGUAUUAUCAACAUCAGCUUGUCUGACCUGAUGGUGGUUUUCACUAUGCCAUUCUUCAUGCUGGAGACUGCAAUGGAUGCGGUUUGGGUUUGGGGCCACUUCCUGUGCAAGGUUACGCACCUCAUCUACGUCAUCAACUUCUACAGUAGCUCCUUCUUCCUGGCCUUCAUGACUUUGGAGCGGUACCUGACCUUAACACGGCCAACCACGCCCGCCUGCUUUCCACUGCAGCCCAGGCACCGGCGAUGGCUGCUGUGUGCUGGAGUGUGGCUUCUGUCCUUGGUGCUGGGACUGCUAGAAAAUGUACAUGUGGACCUGCUUGAGUGGCAUGAACCUGGCUGUUACAUGAUGCCUGAGCUGCACUACAUUGAAUGGUAUGUCUCAGUUAGCUUCUUCUGCCUUAUCUUUCAGUUUUUGGGCCCUGCGUCAGUCAUCAUCACUUGUAACAUCCUGAUUGCACGGGUUGUGCGUGCCUCUCCGGACGUGCAGAAUCGUAGGGACCUUUGGCUGUUGCACGUGUACUCAGUUGUUUUUGUGGUCUGCUGGCUACCCUACCAUUUGGUGACGUUCCUGAUGAUAUUGGAUGAUCUGAAUCCACAUUUGAUGUCCUGCAACACCAUAGAUAUACUGUACUUCUCUUUGGGUGUUGUACAGUGCAUCUCACUCUUUCAUUGCAUUGCCAACCCCAUUCUCUAUAACUUCUUGAGCAAGAACUUUCGUGCCAACCUCAUCAAUGAUAUUCUUUCCCGUAUAUCCUCACCACCAUUAAGCAGUGUACCCAAUGCGGCCGAUGGUGUGGGGAGGUCACUGCAGAAUCAACGAAAGCUCAGCAAUGCCAGCACCAGUCACUCUGAGAUAGGAUCCUAAUACGGCAAGUUUCCAUUAGGUCAUAAUGAGGUCUCCUGAGAUGAUGAGAGAUGGGGAAGCGGCAAAUAUUGGAACUUUACCUAAUUUGUACUGCUGUGACGCAUCAAAAUGUCAUCCAAAUGACUUUCAUUUGUGUUUUAACACCUCCACAUAGCUAAGGAGACAAUUUCAGAAUUAUGUCAUAUUUUUUUUUAAUCAUAAAAGAAGGGUUUUGGUAUCAUGCUCACUUCUAAAAUAUUGCCAGUUUCUUAGUGCAAGGACUAACAACCAUUCAAAAAGAACAAUUUAAACACUAAAUGGUUUUUAUUGCUUGUAAAUAGUAAAGCUGGAAGGCCCAAUGGAGUCAAACAUCCAUUUAAGGAAAGGUUAUGGGUUUCUGUUAGCAGUUUUAAAACAGGAAGGAUAAAAAUCUCCCUGCAUCCCACUCCACAGGAAGCAAUGGCAUUACUACUGAGGAACAUGCCACAUGCCACAGAUUAAAGGAAGUGUAGCAAUCAAACAUUUGCAGAUGAUGAUCUGCACACUGAACAAAAUAAAUUACUUGGCUUUGCUACUAAAACUUAUUACAAGUCUAUUUUUCUUUUCUUUUCUUUUUUUCAAUACUCUAUAGUUAAACAACCAUUUAAAUAAUAAAAUACAUUAUACUUCA